AUGGAAGCAGCCGGAGGAGCUCUCUCUGAUCCCCAUUCCGUUGACAAGAUCUUCCGAGAUUUCAAGGCCCGCAGAGCUGCCAUUGUUAAGGCCCUCACUACCGAAUAUAAAGAGUUCCAUCAGAAGUGUGAUCCAGCAAAUAAUGAUUAUCUUUGUCUUUUCGGAUUUCCUGACGAGCACUGGGAAGUCAGUCCUGCUAAGAUGCUGCCUCCAGUGCUUCCAAAGCCAGUUUCAGGCAUUAACUAUAACAGAGAUUUAGCGCCAGAAAAGAACUGGCUAUCCUUAGUUGCUAUACGCAGUGAUACAUGGUUACUUUCUGUGGCUAUGUAUUUUGGUGCAAAAAUUGGGUUUGAUAAGGCUGAUAGGAGACGUCUUUUUAAUAUGAUAAAUGAUCUUCCAACAAUAUUCGAGGUUGUUGAAAGGGAGGCCAAGAAACAAAGAAAGGAAAGGAAAUCGAACUCUAAGGGGGAAGGUUAUGAACGAUCACAGACUGAGAGUAUUCAAAAGCAACGGAAUCAAAGGUCGAGGAUGGUUUGGAAGAGGACGAUGAAGAAGAGCAUAGAGAGACACUUUGUGGGGCAUGUAGCUGAUGCUGAUGAGUUCUGGAUUUGCUGUGAAAUUUGUGAGAGUUGGUUUCAUGGGAAAUGUGUGAAUAUUACCCCUGCUAAGGCUGAGUAUAUCAAGCACUACAGAUGUCCACCAUGCAGCAACAUGAAGCUCUCUCUUCAACACAUGGACGCAGGAGAAGGAGCUUCCUACAAUCCCCGUUCUGUUCUCGAGGUCUUCAGAGAUUUCAAGGGCCGCAGAGCCGCCAUUCUUAAGGCCCUCACCACCGAUGUUGAAUUGUUCUAUCAGCAGUGUGAUCCAGAGAAGGAAAAUCUUUGUCUAUAUGGAUUUCCUAAUGAGAACUGGGAAGUCAAUCUUCCUGCUGAGGAGGUUCCUCCAGAACUUCCAGAGCCAGCAUUAGGUAUUAACUUUGCCAGAGACGGGAUGGAAGAAAAGGACUGGCUAUCCUUGGUUGCUGUGCACAGUGAUACAUGGCUAAUGGCUGUGGCUCUGUUUUUUGGUACUAGAUUUGGGUUUGAUAAGACUGAUAGGAAGAAUCUUUUUAGUAUGAUAAAUGAUCUUCCAACAAUAUUUGAGGUUGUUGCAGGGAAGCCCAAGAAACAAGGAAAGGAAAAGUCAUCAGUUUCUAAUCGUUACAAUAACAAAUCUAAAUCAAACUCUAAGAAAGGUUCUGAAUCACAAGAAAAGUGUUUAAAAGCAAUGGAAUCAAAGGAAGAGGAUGCUUUGCUAGAGGACAAAGAAGAAGAGCAUGGAGAGACACUUUGUGGAGCAUGUGGACAGAACUUUGCUGCUGAUGCUGAGGAGUUCUGGAUUUGCUGUGACAUGUGUGAGACGUGGUUUCAUGGGAAAUGCGUGAAAAUUACCCCUGCGAAGGCUGAGAGUAUCAAGCACUACAAAUGUCCAUCUUGCAGCAACAAGAGAGCUCGUCAAUUGUAG